AUGACUGGGCAAAUCGUGAUAGAGUCAUCGGCGGCGAGUGGGAGACAACUAUUGAGAACGGCGACGGCGAUGGCGAAGGAAGAGGAAAAGCGAAUAAGCGGAAGACAGCAGAAAAGGAUAGGAGAAGUGGCGGGAGGGGCGGCGGCGGAGUGUGCGAUGGUAUGUUGUUGUUGCCCAUGCGCGGUGCUGCACAUCCUUUUCCUGGCCUUAUACAAAGUUCCGACGGGACUUUGCCGGAGAGCGUGGAGGAAUAAGAAGCGGAAGAAGCUUUUGAAGAAGAGGAAAAAAAUGAUGAUGAAUGAUUCUCUCGGCGUUUACUACACAGCCGAUGAGAAGGAUUCCGAUGGAGGCGGAGAUAACGUCGGCGAUGAUCAUGACGGAGGAUCAUCGGAAACGGCGGAUUUUGAAACGGAGAUGUGGGACCGGUUUUAUGGUGCUGGAUUUGGGAGGAGCUCAUCUCAAAGGGAAGAGGAUUAA